AGUGGGCAACUUUCGUCAAGAUUAUUGUCGUCCCCAUCGUGAUCGUUUUGUGUGUGUACUUCUCUGUGAAACUACGUAAACCUCUAAUGGAGGUAAAGUAAAAGUUUUUGAAGUACUAGGUGUCCUCUUGUGCCACUUGUUUGAUCUUGUCCCAACAACUCCAAGCCUAAGAAAAGUAAAACACUCCUGCUACAGUCGCUGGAGAAGUAGAUCCACUUCGCAUGACUUCUUCCUCGUUUAGUUGUCUGCCACUGAAGCCCGGCGACCACCUGAUCAAAGAGGACCACGGGGGCCGCGUUACGCAUGCUCUAUUUUGUAUGGAAGCGUCAGGUUUGAAAUCGUCAAAGUUGAAACAAUUUGUAAUGCAUGAAAUGCAUGGCCUUGGCCUUGGCCCGAGGUACGUGUGUUGCAGAGCAGGCAAGUGAGGCCGAUUGUAAGCCUGUUUGGGGUUACAGCUCGAGCUGCUAAAGUAGCAUGAGAAAAUCACUCUUCUUUACCUAAACAGCAUGACAAACUGGAUUUAGGGACCACCGAAAUUUGUCAUGCGCCACUUGGAAACUGGGUUCCAACUGGCAUCCAUUUGAUGCAUGCCAAAUUAUUUCAACUUUGUCGAUUUCAACUCUGACACAUCCAUAUUUUGCGGGCAGGCCAGCUUGCGAGCGGGGGACGGCAGCAGUUACAACUUGCAGCACAACAAGUUCAGAACCACGACUGGUGGUUCUACAGUCGCAACGAAAGAGGUGGACACAAAGGUUGUAGGUAGUCAGGAAGAACUGGUAUGGCAUUCGCAAACGUUCCAUUCUUGUUCCCAUGUGUCAGAUUGUUUCUUGUAUGGUCGCUGGGACCACGGAGCUACCGCAAUUCGUCCUUUGUUUGCCACUGUUGACUUCCAUGCUUUUUCUUCUGGCGUUUGAAACUUGAUUGUUGUCGUCACAAAUGAUGAUGGCAAAGGCAAGAACUAGAACAGUUGCGACGGCCAUAACAGGAGGAAGACACUUUUUUGCAGGACUGCUGUCCGGAGCUGGAGCAUUUUGUCGUUUUUUUGAAGCAAGUGGACUCCUCUACUGUGGCCGUGUGGAAGCAGACGCUGAGGGAAUGGUGCCAAGACUUUCAAUUUGCGGCUGCGUCGCCGAUUUUCAUGGGGGGUCAACAUGUCAGAACAACCGGCGAGGACCACCCCGAGGUCGUGAUGCGGGGGUCGUUAUCGGGAGAUGAAAGACAUUCUAUUUCUCCAACAGGAGAAAUAGCAGUUGCUGAUGAAGCAGCAGCAGGCAGCUCUUCUAUAAUACCGCAAGAAGUUCAAGAUGAGCUUGACAAAGAACACCGCAACAGCGACGGCUUCGUUCCGACGGACCUCUCUGUGAAAGAAGAGAUAAGACAUGAUAUGCAAAACCAAGACCAGCUCUCGGGGGUGAAUGAUUCUACCGAGUCAAGACGUGGUAACGAAAACGAGCAGCCUGCGGAAGUGAAUACUAGGGAGCCCCCUUCAUCUGGUAGCCUGCAAAACAAAAAUCCUCGACCAUCACCAGGGAAGAUUUUUAUACCGGAGGAACCAGGAGAAGUAGACCAGGACCGCACAGCACCUCCCGUGGUCACGACCUUUCCCUCUGUUGGCCUAGACGAGAAAGCUGAAUCAUUCGACCCUGAAGUAUCAAAUGUAAAAAUGUCUGCGUCUGGAAGAAUGCAACUUGUAAUGCUGUCUGCGGAUUCUAAAAAUAUCUGCGUUGCAUGAGCAGCAUGAGGAGUGAGUUCUUGGCACGCGGAGAGGGCAUUUCUCAUGCGUAAUUAGCAUCAAGAAGCUCUCACGGGUCAUGCAAAAUGUGCAUGACAAGCACAAGUCCAAACUCUUCCAGACCCAGACAUUUUUGCAUUUGAUAUGAAGAGACGACGAACAACAAGCCGAACGACCUCUCGACCACCCGGCUCGUGAGCGUGCGGUUCUACCUGAAUCGUCCGUUUUCGCGGCGGCGCGCGGUGUACGUGGCCUUGCGCGCGCUGACGGAAACGCCGCGCAUCAAGCUGCACGCCAGCCUGGUGCGCGAGGUGUUGGAGUCCGACGUGUUUCCCUGGCACUGCCUCUUCCAGGACGAGGCCCCCGCCUUUGACCCGGGCGUGGCCCUGUCGCACAUGAAGGCGAAGCGGUACCGGCGACAGCCCUACCAGGAGGGCUUUGUCAGCGAGAACCUGCUGGAGAGUCUGCAGCAGGGCACGGUCCUCAUGUCCCACGGGGCCGUGGUGGUGCGCGGGGCGCGGAUCGCGCGCUUGUUGCGGUUCUCGACCGCGGCGGUGGGGAGCUGGGGCCGGCUCGGGGCGCUCAUGGGCGCGAAGUUAUCCGAACGUAUCUUCACGCAGGACUCGCCGCGGAGCGCCGGGGCCGCCGCCGCGGGAAGCUGGAUUGGGUAUAAGUACUUACUCUCACAGCUCGUAUGGGUGGCAAUUUAAAUUCUGCAACACAUUGCGGUUCGUCGUCUAUCGAACCUUCUAUGUACAAUUUCAGGAUCAGGUCACCUGUACUCGAGGCCGUGUUCUUGUUUUGUUGAUAAGUAGUUUUUGGAAGCCACGUUGUCGUUGAAACACGAUUUGACGAAAACGAAAAUCGAAACCAAUUCUCCAGUUCUGUGGCUGGCGCGAGCCUUGGCGCGAGCGUUGCCUCCACGACCGGCACAGCGGCCGCCGCGAGCUACAGCGCCACCGCGUCCGCGCACUUUGGGGCCGCGGCGUACACUAUCGAAUGCAAAUAUGUCUGGGUCUGGAAACUUGUGAUGCUGAAUGGUCGUGAUUGACUGCGCCUCAAAGUGCAGUAUAGCAUGACAAAUGUUUCAUACGCUUUGUCAUGCGCAGAACGCAUUACAAACUGCGCUUUCAUUGCAUGACGAAAUUCUGGCGCUUUAUUUGCUGCUUAUGCAUUACAGAUUUUCAUUACGAAUGCGAAACAUCCAAUACAGGUUCAACCUUUCCAGACCCAGACACACUUGCAUUUGAUAUACACGCUCGGGGCGGUGGAGGGCGGGUCGAUCGCCACCAGCAUCUAUCAAAUGCAAAUAUCCCUGGAUCAUGUCUGGAAGGAUGCAACUUGUCAUGCUGUCCUUGGAUUCGAAAAAAAUCUGUAUUGCGUAAGCACCAAAGAGGCAUCUACUUCAUGAGGCCCUGCCUCAGAAAAUCUGUGAUGCUACCGCAUACAUCACAGACGUCAUGGGUCAUACAAAAGCUGCAUGACAAGUCUUCCCAUCUUCCAGACCUCCAGACACAUUUGCAUUUGAUAGCAUCCUUGCCGCCACGUCGCU